UGCAGUCCUCAAGGUCGGCCGAGUGGCCAUCAUCUCCCGUGGACGCUACGCCGGAAAGAAGGUGGUGAUCAUCCAGCCACAGGACAAUGGCAGCAAGAAGCACCCAUUCCCUCACGCAAUCGUUGCCGGUAUCGAGCGCUACCCACAACAAAUCACUCGCCGCAUGUCCAAGACCCGCCAGACGAAGCGCAGCAAGGUGAAGCCAUUCAUCAAGGUCAUCAACUACAACCACUUGAUGCCAACCCGCUACACUCUGGAGUUGGAGGGAUUGAAGGGCGCCGUGACCAACGAGACUUUCACUGAGGUCACUCAGCGUGAGGAGGCAAAGAAGACCGUGAAGAAGGCAUUGGAGGAGCGCUACUCGAGCGGCAAGAACAGAUGGUUCUUCACUCCUCUCCGUAUGUGA